AUGCUAUCAUUUAGUUCAACCAUAUUUGGAAUGAAGAUGAGCUGUGAACAGGAGCAAGCGAGAUUGGCAGCUUUGUUAGAAGAAAUAAUAUCGGAUAACGAAGAUAAUGUUGCAGUGGAAAGUGAUGCCAGCUUGGAUGAAGAUUUUAUUCAAGAAUCUGAUCAUGAUUCUUUAUCAGAACAGGAUAUUUUAUCCGAGUCUGAAGUAGAAGAGGCUGAAACUGAGGAUCGAUAG